AUGCUCAUUAAACUCAUCUGUGAUGACAGUUGCGGCUUCGUUAAACGCCUUGGUGCGUCUGAAAUUCGUGUUGGUUGGGUUGUAGAUGAAAACGUGCCUUUGCAGGAUGCGUCACAAAUUACAUCACUUAAUGCUGCCAUUGAGAAAAGUCAUCAAGAAGGAUCUGGUGGAAGGAGGAAUAGCAAAAAUAGUGAAGAUGAAGAGAACAAUAAUAGUAGUAGUAGUAAUAAUAAUAAUCGUGUGAAUCAUAUAGAGACAAGUGCCAUGGAAAACAAUAAGGAGGUGGUGGAUUUUAAGAGAUAUGCUGUCACUUUUCCAUCCUCUACGGAACCACUGGAUGUUCGUCGUACACCUCAAGCACUUGGACUGAGAAGUGGCGUAACACUCCAGCUUAUAUAUAUGGGAGAAGAAAUGACAUUACAAGAGCCCUUUUCCCCUAUUAUGACUUCUCCACUGAGAGGAAAGACCCAAGACUCGCAGGUGAUGAAUACGGAGGAUGACACAGAUGAGGAUCCGGAGGAGUCUUAUGCAUCUUAUGAGAUUGGUUGGUUUCCAUUCCUGCUGCGUCCUCGCGAAGGAGAGCCAUUGGUGCUUAUUAAUGAUCCCUUCAAGGCGGUCUCUGAGAGUGAUGCGGUGCCGGCCACGCAGCCGUUGUGUGAGUCGUGUGGGGCGCUUGUUUCCCACAGUGAUGCGCUGCGUGUCUCUGUGGAUCGCCAUUACCGCCCAACCCGCAUGCGGCAGGACUUUAUGGAAGUUUGUAUGGAGAAACUCGGUGGCGGCCCGAUCCCCCGCUGGCAGACCCGUUAUGUGCAGAUCUCCGAGACCUCAGUGGAUUGGUUUGCGGAGAAGCCGCGCCCGGGUGUGAAGUGCCGCAUUCACGGCCAUCGCUACAUUGUGCGGAAUGGCGUCUGUGAGGUGACGGCGCUGCUGGAGAAUGUCGAUGCCUCACACAACCCGCACUGCGGCGAUCGCAAUUUAUUUCACUUCGCCAUUGAGUUCCGUGAGCCGCGGCGGACGUAUUGGUUUCGAGUGACGACGGCGCAGCGGCGGGCGGCGGUUGUCGCGUUUCUUCAGGCGGCCAUUCGCCGAGCCGCCCGCCGCGCCCCGCCGCAGAACCCCCGCGUGUGGAAAAGUCGGGCCGACGCGUUUCUCGCGACUGCGGCGCAACUCGGCGAACUCCACGCGGUGAAUCGCAUCGACAUGGACGCCCUGCGGGAUCGCAUCGAGACACGCCAGCGUGAACUCGCCGAGUUGAUGCAGAGUGAAGAAGAAGAAGAAGAAGAAGAAGGAGAAAAAGAAAAAGAAGAAAAGAAGAAGGGAAGAGGACUGCAGGCCGCACUCGCCGCACAGACGGAUGUCCUGCAGGCAUUACGUGCGGAACUGAACGCCUACGAGGCGGACACACAACGCGCCCAGCAGCGACUCAUCGCUGCAGAGGCUCGACUCACACAUGAGACGGAGUUGUUGAAUGCCCAGCGGCUUGAGAUGGGAGAUGAAAUACACAAAGUGAAUAUGCUUAAGAGUUACGCCAUGCAGCAACGGGAUGCCGCAGAGAAGCGCAUUGCGGAAUUGCGUCAACGGGCCGCCGCCUUGCAAGCGGAAGAACAUUCCAUAUUUCGCAAGUGGCGGGCCUUUGAAGAACGACAUCGACAACCGCAACACCAACAACACGAUGGAAAACCACACACCAGACUUUAUUCCUUCUCGGAAGAUGGCGUUGGGGUUUCAUGCGGAAGUCCACGGCUCUCAACGGAACUCGCAGCCGCCGCCGCCGCACGAAUAGCAUUAAGUCGAACUACGCCAUCACGCCAUCUGCAUAAUAACAAUAACAAUAGGAAUGACAGUCAAACACCAAUGCAGUCUCCACAGCGUCCCUUACAGUACUCCACUAGUCGUGAGCGGACACCAUAA